GACCCGACAUGGAAGCUAAUGUUUGUUGUCGUUCGUUGUUGUCUGUCGAAAUAUCUCACCUGGGUCACUCUCGAGCUCCAGCCAGCCUUUAUUCAUGUUUUCUCCUUAUCGAGCGACUGUUAUUUAAAAUGUUUCCAGUCCAUAUCCACAGAGGGGCCAGGUCGCAUAAAACCGCCCGUGUUUCUACAUUCACUUGACAACUAAGCUGGAGAAAAAUACAAUAGAGAGAAUCGGGCGCGUGCCAUAUACGUCAUCAACAAGCGACGAUUUCUACCGUUAAGAUAAAAAAAAUAAAGCAACUUUCCAUUGUUCAAAUAUCCAUUUCAAAUUUAUAUUGAAGGCCUAAAAAUACCCGUUAAGUAUGAUCGCAAUGAUAAAAGUGUUGUAAUUUGUGACGGCGGUAUAAAUAUUAUGUAACGUUUAACGUUGUAGUUUCGUUACAGCAGAAGAAAAAAGGUAUCGUACGAUAGCUGCAAUCUUAUGUGCUCGAAAAAUCUAGCCUUCAUUUUGCGCUGUCUUUUUUUCUUUUUGUCUCCCGGAACAACAGCGGUUCAUUACACCUGGGGGGGAAGGCAAUUGUUGUGGCACUGGAAAAAAAAAUAGGAAUUAGCUACCUAUAUCUGUUCAUCUGUGCAAAUUCUUGCUCGCGACCGAUGUGCAUUGGCAGAAACGUUCGUCAAGGAUCGCAGGUUCAACUGAUAUAAGGGGUCCUGAUGAAGCUGCGCAGGUAAUUGGGUGAUCACCCAGCAAGACAAUAUGUCUGAAGAGGGAAAUUCCGAUAGUGAACUGGAGCCCAGUCUGAACAGUGACGAGGAAUAUUCGGAAAAUGACGAAGAGGACAAUGAGGACAUGGAGGAUGAGGAGGAUGACGACGAUGAGCGGCCUGCAAGUGCCCAAAGCUUCACUGAGGCGGCCCAGGAGAGCAGAGACUCGACCUCAGCUGCCUCAGGAGAGCCCACUUCUGAGCCUUCAUCUCAGCCGCCCUCCAGACCUGCUUCUCGCUCACAGCCGCCUGCGAACUCUGAGAAGUCGAGCAAGAAUAAAAAAGCUUCCAGCAAGGCAAAGAAACAAAAAGCAUCAAAGUCAGACAAAUCCUCCAAAUCAUCCAAACACUCAAAGCCGUCCAAACCGGCACACUUGAGAAAAAAUAUCAGAAAGCUCCUAAAAGAUGAUCAGCUGGAGGCUGGCACCAAAGCAGCUCAGCAAGAAGAAAUGGAGAGGCGGAAACGCCUGGAGCAGCAGAGGAAAGACUUUCCCACACAAGUCCCAACUGCCCCUGACGCUCAACUAGUGGACCCUGCUUCCAUUUUAGGAGAAGUGUCUCACCUGGUCCCUGGUCUCCUGAUGAAGCAGGAUGUCAUAUGCCUGGAUAGCAGCGGCGAUGAAGACGAUGGCAGGCUGGAUCCCAAGCUGCCAGAGCUCGCUAUCAGAGAUGAUGUAAUUGAGCUCAGUUCUGGAGAUGAAGAUGCUCUUCAGAUAAGUAGCGAAUCAGCUGACGAGGAGGCAGACGGCAGUGGAGGUAGCGAGGAGAGCAGUGGCGCACACAUCAAUGAUGCCCUGAAUCUGCCCGACGCACUGGGUCGCGUUCUGGUUAAUAUCAAUCAUCCAGCCGAGGAGAAAGAUGUUUUUCUUGCGCCACAGUUGGCCCGAGCUGUCAAGCCUCACCAGAUUGGGGGAAUUAGAUUUCUCUAUGAUAACUUAAUCGAGUCUCUGGAUCGAUACAAGACCAGCAAUGGCUUUGGCUGCAUCCUGGCCCACAGUAUGGGGUUGGGAAAGACUCUCCAAGUGAUUUCCUUCAUUGACAUCCUGCUGAGGAACACAGAGGCCCACACAGUUCUGGCAAUUGUACCCGUGAACACUCUGCAGAACUGGCUUUCAGAGUUCAACCUCUGGCUCCCCCCACAAGAAUCGCUGCCACCCGACACUGACCCGAACAUCCUUGCCGGUCGCGUUUUCAAAGUCCAUAUUCUGAACGACGAGCACAAAACAACAUUGGCACGCGCUAAGGUUGUGGAGGAUUGGUCCAGAGAUGGAGGUGUAUUGCUCAUGGGCUAUGAAAUGUACCGCCUGCUCUCAAUGAAAAAGAGCUUUGUGAUGGGCAAAAAAAGAAAAUCAAAGAAGCCUGCCGGGCCAAUUAUCAUCGACCUGGAUGAAGAAGAUCGACAGCAGGAGCUCAUGCAAGGUAUUGAGAAAGCCAUCGCACGGCCGGGUCCAGAUGUGGUGAUCUGUGAUGAGGGCCAUCGCAUAAAGAAUUACCACGCCAGCACUUCGCAAGCUCUGAAAAACAUCCGCUCGCGGCGCCGAGUGGUCCUGACGGGCUACCCUCUGCAGAACAACCUCAUUGAAUACUGGUGCAUGGUGGACUUUGUCAGGCCGGACUUCUUAGGCACCAGGCAGGAGUUCAGCAACAUGUUUGAGAGACCCAUUCUGAAUGGACAGUGCAUGGACAGCACGCCUCAAGAUGUCCGCCUCAUGAGAUAUCGCAGCCACGUGCUCCACAGUCUGCUGGAGGGCUUCGUCCAAAGGCGUGGUCAUGAUGUACUGCAGGAUCAGCUUCCCACAAAGGAGGAGCAUGUGAUUUUGGUACGACUGUCUCCGAUUCAGAGAGCCCUGUACACCGAGUUCAUGAAGCGUUUUCGAGAAGCAGGGAAUAACGGCUGGCUGGGCCUCAACCCACUCAAGGCUUUCUGUGUUUGUUGCAAGAUCUGGAACCACCCAGACGUGUUGUACGAAGCUUUGCAGAAAGAGAACCAAGCUAAUGAGCAGGACCUGGACCUGGACGACAUCACGACAGCUGGUAACCGCUGCACCACAGGCAUGAAAGCUAAAGGUGCUGACUCCAGCAAAGCCAACAGUUUGCCACCUGCUAAUGUCACUCAAGACAGGGCAAAUCAGAUGAUCACUUAUGAAUGGGCGAAGGACGUAAUGACCAACUACCGCACUGGUGUCCUUGAAAACUCUGCCAAGAUGCUGCUUCUCUUUCAUUUGAUUGAGGAGAGUGUGAGAAGACGAGACAAGAUCUUGGUCUUCAGCCAAAGUUUGUCGACUCUAUCGGUCAUUGAAGACUUCCUGGCAAAGAGGCCCAUGCCAACGGGCGUGGACUCUUUUGAUGCACAGCACCAAACCUGGGUGCGCAACCUCAAUUAUUACAGACUUGAUGGAAGCACCUCAGCCUCAGAGCGAGAACGACUUAUCAAUCAGUUCAACGACCCAGAGAAUACCUCGGCCUGGGUCUUCCUACUUUCUACUAGAGCGGGCUGUCUAGGUGUGAAUUUGAUCGGAGCAAACCGUGUUGUUGUGUUUGAUGCCUCCUGGAAUCCGUGUCACGACGCCCAAGCUGUGUGUCGGGUUUACCGCUACGGUCAGAAGAAACCAUGCUACAUCUACCGGCUAGUGUGCGACUUCACACUGGAGAAGAAGAUCUACGACAGACAAGUGUCCAAGCAGAGCAUGUCUGACCGUGUGGUCGAUGACCUGAACCCAGCACUGAACUUCACUCGGAAAGAAGUGGAGUCACUGUUGCACUUUGUGGAGGAGGAACCUGAUGCUGCCAAAAUCAACUUGGAGACGCUGGAAGACUUUGAGGCGGUUAUUUACCAAGGCUGUAAGCUGUACCCCCACCUCCUCACCAAGCGACCUUUCCAGCACGAGUCUCUCCUGGUGGACCGCAAGGAGUCAAAACUGACCAAAGCUGAGAAGAGAGCUGCUAAAAAGAGCUACGAGGAUGAGAAGCGGGCGUCCGUGCCGUAUUCCCGGCCUUCUUAUGCCUCUUAUUACCCAACCCGAGAUCAGAUGCUGUCAAACUUGCAAGCAUUUAACCCACAAGGCUGGCGACCGCUGGCACGACCCGACGACAAGCCCGUAGCAAGUGUGCGACCCAUCCAGUCAACACCAAUUCCCAUGAUGCCUCGCCAGGCUGUCAUGGGGAUGGGCGGCUCCAGCGCCACCGGAAGUCUGCCAGUUAACUUCCUGCAGAAAGCUGGAGUUUAUGUCCAGAGGAUUGUCACCACUUCUGAUAUUGUGAUCCCCGGAACCAACAGCACAACAGAUGUUCAAGCACGGAUCAGUGCAGGAGAGAGCAUCCAUGUCAUCAGAGGGUCAAAAGGAACCUACAUUCGGACAACUGAUGGCAGAAUCUUUGCGAUCAGAUCUGGGAAACUGAGCAGACCAGCCGCAGUCAGCGCUGUCGCUUCAAGAGACCCCCACAGCUCAGUGAUCCAUCCCCUCAGUAACGGUUGCACGUCCCCCGGAGUCCAACAGCAGGACUCACCAAAUGGAAACCAACAGCCUCCUUCACCACUGAGUCCUGAGCUCCUCCGAGAAAUCAGCCGCUACACCGCUUCCACCAGUGAAGCCGCCUUAGGCUCUUCCACAUCUCACCUGCCCGACUCAUCCGCUGCCUCCGGGGGGAAUGGAGGAACUUCCCAAAGUGGGCCGAUGUCUGACCUCAGAAGGCAGCUCACAGAGGAUGUCCUGAGUCCAGCCCUGGAGAGGUCAAACAAACGAAAGCGUUCUGAACUCCCAGACUCCGGAGACAAACGUUCCUCUGCAGCACUUUUCCCUGGAAUGUCUGCUGGUGCUGGCCGUCUCAGUUUUCCUCCAGUGGCUAUGAACUCUCCUUCUAUGUUAGGAAACAUGGCACACAUGAGUCACCUACUCAUGAUGAGGGCCGGAGUAGGUGACUCCUUCCUUCAGACACCGGGACAAACACUGGCUGACCUGCAGACCAUGCUCCCCUCUACAGGCUCAGAUCUCCUCCGACAGUCCACCCCGGGGAACGGACACCUUCCCACCCCAUCCUCAUCCACAACCAUUCCAAUGUCCUCCUCGGCUGCUUCCUCUUCCAUUGGUUCCGGCUCCCUCCCUCACUACUUAAUGUCCCCCAACAUGUCUUCAAUGCUGUCGUCAGGCUUUCCCCUCAACUACACCCAGUCCCUGCUGCCCGAGCCCAGAAUGUUCCCCGGGAAUAUCAUGUCCAACUCAGGCGGAUUCCCCCCAUCCAACGCUAGCUCCACAACAUCCAGCUUCCUUUCUCAUUUUAACAACCCCACCUCCAGCUUGUUGGGGGCAGCACUCACCCAACCGGACACUCUUCUGGGUGCAGAGAACGGCGGCAGUAGUUCGGAUGACGAUGUGAUAGAAGUGACGGGACAGUAAUGACUCUUACACCUGAUCACCUGUGGUGGUGUCCAAAGUGUGUUGCAAACUUAAAAAGUAUUUAAGUGAAACCAUGCUCUUCAGACAGGUGCUCAUACCCCUCCAUGUCAGAGCAGGUCACAUUUAAGGCGAUAAAACAUUUCUAUUUAUAACAUAAAAGGGGAGCGUUUGCUGCUCAGAAUUGAGUGGCUCAGAACAACAGUCUACGUUUGAGAAUCCUCUCCAAUUAUUUGAGUCAGGUUCUUAUUCGCAAUAUUUUCACUCUGCAAAUUUGUUGUAAAACGGUUCAAAUUGUUCUAAAACUUUUUUGUGAAUCAUAGGUCCCUCCGCCAGACAAAGGAAAGGGCUCUUCACUUGUAAUUUGGCUGACUUUUCUCAAAAAAUGUACGGGCAGCACGUUCUCUCGCAUUUAUAGAUACACACUCCACCUCCCUGCUUUUUCAUUUUUCUCGUCUUUUUAAACCGUCUACCCAUCUGACCUUGUUCUUAUUGGGGCGCUUCUUGAUGAAGAGUGAGUCCCAUUGAAUAGACAACCAAGAAGACGGCAGAAAGAAACCAAAAUAAACAAAGUUACCAGUUGAUCAAUUUCAUUCAGAGACCUACCUACCACCCUGUGGAGAGAACCACACCUUUGUGGUAGACAUCCAUUUGCGCUCCUGGAGUCACCUUUGAAAGGCAUAUUUGCAACAGUGGGAAGUGUGUUACAAAGCUGACUUGUUUUGUCUAUCGUUUUCACUCGGGCUGGUAUCUUUUGACAUGAUAUUUUAGUCUGUAGAGUUUGAUAGCUAUGGUAGCCACGCCCCUUUCUGUAAGGAUACGUGUGAAACUGUCAAUAGUUUGUAAAUAGUGGUCGCUAUAAUUGUCCAUAUUGCAAGUCAAUACUGUGCCGUGUGUAGGACGUAGGAAGACGGUUUAUUAUAGUGAUAUUAUGAGGGUAAACAUGUAUACACUUUCAUUUAAAAAAAACAAUGAAUGUACUUUCAUGUCAGCUCUUACAAACACAGGUGUUUUAUUCUGUGCUUUUUUUCAGUUUUAGCCUUAAAAACAAAGUGGCGAGACUUGGGAUGUGGUGUGACAUCCACUGUCGAGGAUUUUGGAUGGAGCCACAAACUGUGGAGAGGUCUGUUUCUAAACCUGCGAUCAAACUUUCGUACAGUUAAAUCCUCCAGUGACUGUGGCAGAACCGAGUCAAGCUGGUGUCGUGGCCUUCUGAGCUGACUUCUAUUCUGGUGGUCCUGCUACGUUCUGUCGUCUGUCAAGUUGAGUCUUUUGUGCACCUGUCCUCUUGCGGUACUUUGAGCCGUUCAGUCAUUUCAUAGAGACGCUGUGCACAUUAUUGGUGACGCAUUGUUGGCAAAGUUAAAACUUUGAAGAAUCCUGUAAAUUUCAUCAGUGUCCUCUCAAAACAUUUUUUUAAACAUGUUUUUGUAUUUUUUUUUAUACCUUGUUAUCAAUGUACACUCACUUGGCAGUCGAUCAUCUGUCAUUGCAAACGUCAGAAAUAUAUUUAUUUAUGAUGAAAAUUUGUAAUUCCUCUUUUUUUAAUCCCUUUUGUUCACAUGAAAAGUUGAUCCAGAGAGGGAAAAUGACUUGUGCUAUCAAUGUUAUUUUACCAAUAAAACACC